AUGCCGCCACAGCAGCAGCAGCAGCAAGCGGGUGCGCAGCGUGAGGAGGGUGGGAGCUGGUACCAAGGGAUCAUCAGGAAUAUCGGCAUCUUUCUCCUCAUCCAGCUCGGUAUAAGAUACUUCGUCGGAGGCGGAGGCCAGACGACCACUGCUCCGGCUACACCAGGUGCAAAGCCUGGUGCCAUCACGACAUGGGAAGACCGCCCGCUGGAGCAGCGUCUUGACAAUUACAGCCCUAUACCGAAUAUGAUCACGCCGAUAUGGCAGGCUGGAAUACCGCUCGAUAUCGACAUAUACAUCUCCCCGUCGAUUGUCAUGACCCCGUUGAAGAACAUGCCGAGAGGGUCCUUGAUCAUGCAAGAGAGAGAAUUUGGAUACGGCAACUACAGUGAUACGCGUACUCUCGAUACUACCUUUGACGUGCCCAAGGAGGUUCAGAAUAAUGGUACUCUCUUCGCGCACUUCUACAUUGCAAAGUCUGGCUCGCCUCUCGAUCCCUCGGCCGCAGACUAUAGCUUCGCGAAUGCAUACAAUUUUGUCUGGCCCCUGACACAGAUGCUGCCAAAGAAAAAGGUCAGGAAGACUCGCAGCCUGCUGUCUGGCAGUAAUGAGACCUCCGAAGAGACCCCCGAAGAAAAGACUGCACCACCGACAUAUGCUUCAUACUAUCACCCCAACUUCACCAUGUCCUUUAUUCCAGACUCAGGCACUCAGUCAUUCACAGCAAUGCACCCCGCCGUCCGAGGAUUCAUUCAACAGGAGAGGUCCGGUCAGCGGGAUGCCAGUGGGCAGAACGGAUGGUAUUACCCAAUUCUGUUUGUCAAUACUUUCUGGCAGUUGCGCGACCAUAUGACCGAGCUUAAUUCUACCGUGACGACUCUUCCGCUUCACAUUGACCUUCAAAACCAGCGUAACUGGAUCUUUUCAAUCAUGGCCUCUAUCGAUGCUGGCAUGAAGCAGACCCAGGCGAAGUCUGCGGCCGGCCAGACUCCUGCUACUGGAGACGGUUCCGAGUUUGAGGAGUUCAAGCGCAUCCUGCUUGACAGUAACAUCUAUCUCCUGGCUACAACGGGUAUCGUCAGUAUCUUCCACAUGAUUUUUGAGAUGCUUGCAUUCAAGAGUGACGUGUCACAUUGGCGCAACAAGAAAGACAAUGUUGGUACAUCCUUCAGAACCAUUCUCGCCAAUGUAUUCAUGCAAACUGUUAUUUUCUUGUACCUCAUGGACAAUAAUGAGAACACCUCCUGGAUGAUCUUGUUCGGUCAAGGUAUGGGCAUUGCCAUCGAAGCCUGGAAGAUCACAAAGACCGUCAAUGUCCGAAUACGCCCAACACCAGACAGCCUUAUCCCCUACUCGAUUGUCUUCGAAAACAAGCACAAGCUCUCCGAGACGGAGAAGAAGACGCAAGAAUACGAUGAAAUCGCAUUCAAAUAUCUCUACAUCAUCGCCGUUCCACUCCUUCUCGCCUACGCUGGCUACUCGCUCGUCUACGACACGCACAAGUCAUGGUACUCGUUCAUCAUCGCCACCCUCGUUGGCAGCGUCUAUGCGUACGGCUUCCUCAUGAUGGUGCCCUCGCUGUACAUCAACUACCGCCUCAAGUCCGUUGCGCACAUGCCCGCCCGCGCCAUGACGUACAAGUUUCUCAACACCUUCAUCGACGACCUGUUUGCUUUUACCAUCAAAAUGCCGACGCUGCACCGCCUCGCGACACUCCGCGACGACGUCAUCUUCUUUGUGUACUUGUACCAAUCGUGGAAGUACAAGGUUGAUUAUACGCGCGUCAACGAGUUUGGGCAGGGUGGUGAUGAGGAGGACGAGGAGGAGAAGAAGGCGGCAAAACCGCUUGUUGCGAGCCCGAAUGCGGACAGCACGACGGAGAUCAAGGGGGAGGUUAGCAGUAUGCGCGAGGGCGAGGCUGUGGCCACGGGCAAGGCGAAGGGGGAUGCAAAGCGGCGCAAGUGA